ACUAUCUCAACGUGAGUUUGUUAUGGUGGCAUCGGGCUCGUUGCUUGAUUGCUCUUCACUCACUCACACUGGAUUAGAGAUCAUCUCACCGAGUUUUGUCGGCGCGGAGGAGUCGCGUGGCGUCCACUAAUCCACACACGGACAUUUCGACUUCACAAACACCUUCCCCGGUCAUUUAGGACUAAUAAGGACAAAAGGACGGAGGAGUUCCACCGUGGGAAUGACGGAGCCGCAGACAAACGCUUGGCACUAAUCUCGGCCAAUGACUGACACAUAAAGCAAGCAAGGGAGAUACAUUUUAUAACUGGCUGGCGUUGAGAGCAGCCUGAGGACUGCAGGCUUGGGUCUCGAAAGGAUUCAGCUCUGAAUGCUUGUAUAUCUCAGGGUUUAUUGUGUGAAUGCGUGUAGUUUUAAUGUAUCCAAACAAUAGGCAGUUUGGAGAGGGGAAGUAGGAGCUUGUAAUACACGCUUCCCUUGUGUUUGCCAGCCAGCCGGUAGGCAUAGGAAAGCUGAAGUCCUGGUUUAUACAGCUGGACACUUCUGAAGCGUUUUAAAUAAUUAGCUCUUUGCCGAUCCACGUUGAAUAAUUAAACCCCUCGUUUUACUUAACAAUUAGCUUUGGGUUUCUCUCCAGGGACUGCAGGCGCUUGUUAGUCGUUUUUAGCUCCAUAUCACUAUGGAUGAAGGACGAUAGAUGUGCAUUUUCCAGGGAAGAGCAGCUUUAUGUGUGACUUUAUAGUCUAAUGAUUUUGUUUAAGCACUGACAGAAGUUUUAAACUUCCUGCUUUAGUUUCUCGGGGUGUUAUUGUCAUAAAGAUUAUGGCAGCCGUUGUGAAUUACUCUCCUCCGUGGUGGGUUAACCUUCUCCACAGACUGCCUCACUUUAAUCUGCAAUUUGAACAAACCAGCAGUGAUUUUCGACCGGAGGACUCAUCUUACCAGCAGUCUAUCCUGCUGCUGGGCAGUGUAGCUCUGGCAUGCUUGGCCUUGGACCUCCUCUUCCUCCUCAUCUACUCCUGCUGGCUGUGCUGCCACCGUAAGAAGAGCGAUGAGCAGCCAAACGCAGACUGCUGCUGCACCGCCUGGUGCGUCAUCAUUGCCACCCUCGUCUGCAGCGCUGGCAUUGCUGUUGGUUUCUACGGGAAUGGCGAAACCUGUGAUGGCGUGAAUCGGCUUACCUACUCCCUCCGCCAUGCCAAUCGCACCGUGUCAGGAGUGGACAGACUGGUGUCAGAAAGUACAUCAGCUCAGAGCCAGACUGUGGACGAGAACCUUCGGCUACUAAAGGACGAGUAUGCAAAGCACACAGACUACCUGUCCAUCGUACAUAAACUUCAGGAUCAGCGGAGUGAGCUGGUUCGUCAGAUGACUGACAUUCCCUUUUGGAGCGAUCUCAGCAUCUCCUUGGAGGAUCUGGCAACCCAGAUUGAACUAUAUGACUGGUACCGGUGGCUGGGCUACCUGGGUCUGCUGCUGUUUGAUGUGCUCAUUUGCCUGCUGGUGCUCUUCGGCCUUAUCCGCAACUCCAAAGGAACUCUGAUUGGGGUGUGUUUUCUGGGUGUGUUGGCGCUGGUAAUCAGCUGGGGCUCACUGGGUCUGGAACUGACUGUCUCCUCGGGCUUCAGUGACUUCUGUGCGGCGCCUAACAUGUACAUGACCAAGGUGUCAGAGCAGUAUAUGCUUACCAAGAAAGAUAUCCUGCAGUAUUACCUCACAUGUAAUGUGGGUCAGGUCAACCCCUUCCAACAGAAGCUGUCAGGAAGUCACAAAGCACUGGUGGAAAUGCAGGAUGAUGUGUCAGAACUACUGCGCUCUGCAGUCCGGGAAUACCCCAAAACAAAGGGAAACCUUGAGCAAAUUCAGGGGGGUUUGAACACCACUGAAGUCGGACUGCACCAGCUCACUGCUCUUGUGGACUGCCGCAGUUUGCACAUGGAUUAUGUGCAGGCAUUGACUGGAGUGUGUUAUGAUGGACUGGAGGGUCUGAUCUACCUGGUGCUGUUCUCAUUCAUCACAGCUCUCAUGUUCACCUCUGUCGUCUGCAGUGUGCCACACACAUGGCAUGGCAAAAGUACUGAAAAUUCUGACUUGACCAGCAUCCCUGCAGGAGCACACACUGUCAGCAACGCUCCUGUUACGGAGUACAUGACCCAGAAUGCAAACUUCCAGAACCCUCGCUGUGAGAACACCCCUCUGAUCGGGAGAGAAUCUCCUCCUCCAACUUACACAUCCAGCAUGAGGGCCAAGUACCUGGCCAACACCCGGCCCGACCCCAACAGCAGCACCUCAGCAAACUAGAGGAACACCGUCUUCUUUCCCUUCAGUCUAAAGCUCCCACUCACCCACAUGUUGUUCCCACAGCCCAGACCGGUUUCACCCCAGGCCCACCCAUCCAGCCAUGUUGAUCUUUGAUGCGUGCUCUCCAACCCAGCUGACAAAGGACGUCCCUGCAUCAUGUAAAUACUACUGUCAGAGCAAUUUUCCAGAGGCCUCUUGUGCUGUUUCCAGAUGGCCGGUUCAGUUCAGGCAGCUAGUAGGGUUACUCUCAGCCCUGAGUGCUUGUGUGUGAGCGUCUGUAAUGAGUAUGAACUUCAUUACCUACAGAUGCAUUGAGUAACGUGUGUGUGUGUGUUGAUCCAAGCUGCCCUUGCUCAUUUGUGGUGCUCUUGCCAGAGGUCCAGAAAUGGUCCAGAACUGAAGAACUGGACUGGGUUUAACGCCCAUAACCCUACAUUCCUGCGUAGCCUCUGUCUGGUCAUUUGAAGUAAUGUGACCUUCUCCAUUUGCAGGACCUACUGCCACAUCCCGACUCUACCGUUUACAUCAGUGGCAUUUACUUUAAUAUAACUGAACCGAUCUAAUCUGAACAGCGUGAGAGCAAUGAGAAUUUUCCCAGAAUUCGGUAAUUGGGUUCCACUUGUUUAGGCUAGCCAUCGAGUGUACAUCAGUUGCAGUGAAUUAUGGAAGUGAGUGUACUCGAUUAUGUUCACUAUAGUUUCGGACACCAAAUAGUGCACUAUAUUUCAGACACAGCCCAAGUUUCUCGUCAAAAAGUUGCUUUUUCAUGACUCUAAUGGACCUUAAAGAUAAAAAUCUGACUGUGGAAGUUUAUGGACAUGCUUGCUUUAGCAAACAUGCUGCGUUACGGAUUCCAGUGUAAUGCAUGAAAUCAAGCUCGAGUUAGCUAGCUUUUGCAUUUUUGUACUUGUGCAUAGUAUGUUUCAGGCCUAAAUCUGUAGCAUACACUGGUUGUGAGGAGAAGAUAUUCUUGGAUUUUUCAUCUCGUUUACAGGCUUGAGUUUUCAGUGAGAAAUUAUGGUUUGUAGAUGUUUACCUAUUGAAAUUCUUGUUGGGUUCUUCUCAAUACACAUGGACUGAAUGAAACCAACUACUCAUUUAACUGGGCUGUAUCCACUGCCAUUACUGGAAAACCUGGACAAGCAGAGCUGGACAAACCAGCCUAACAAAGAGGAAGUUGAGGAAAACCUCAUCAGAUUGUUGACCAAACCUGGAUUUUGACCAAACGCUGAUGAUCUGGACAACCUCAAACUGCUUUUAUAUCCAAGAACUUUCAGUCUGAAUUCAACAGAACUCUAAAAUUGUUUAGUCUGAUGCUGGGAUCGCAUCUGAACAUUACAUUUGUCCUAAUACUGUUCAAACAUGGAGACACUGGCACCAGCUUGCACAAUUUGUCAUGGCUUAUCUGUUCUAGGAAAGAAGCUGGGAGAAGUUCAUUGUAGUGUACACAAUGUAAACUUAACAUUUGGACCUUAACUUUGCUGAUCAGUUUAGUCCUCAGGAAAGGGGACACUAAUAUGGCGGGAAGUAAAGUCAUCAGUGUCCUAUCUUUUUGUUGUUGUUUUUUUUCAUUCAAAGAAAUGGAAGAGAGCUGCAAGCCUCGGUAAAUUGUGCUGUAAUUCAAUGUGACUUCCAAAGCCCGCAAUUUCCUGGCCUUGUUGCUUCUGUACCACAAAUUGCUUUCAUUCCCAGAGUUGAGGGGAAACUUGCCAUCCCUGAAGAGGACGUAAAAGUGAUGUGCUGUCAUCCAGAAUAUUUUCCCCUUGAUGAGAGCACAGACACACAGGAGGCUGGCAUCCGAUCAGGGUGAACUCCCUUUCUCCUCAAGAGACCUCUCUCUGAUGUUAUAGACCGAGUCUAGUAUGAACACGUCUCCCCUCUGGACCUUAUAAAGUGGUGCCAAUGUUCUCAUAUCAUGGGCAUCUUUGGUCCCACCUUCACACACACCUCAUACUGCCAUCAUCUCAACUUCAGGACACCAAAUCCAGUUCAUAUCCUUACCAUUACAGGGCUCAACAAAAAGCAUU